UCCCGCCAUUCCCGCUCGAAUCGAUCUCCAUCCCUGGUCAUGAAAUAAAGAAAAUAGACUAAAUUGCGGCACAACACGGGAGAAUUUAUUAAAAUAAACCAGCUACAAUGUCCGAAUCCCCUUCUGGUCCGCGUGCCAAGCGCCAGCGAAUAGACAAAAAUGGUCGGUUCGCCGCCAUGGAGCGACUGCGUCAGCUGAAGGGAACCAAGAACAAAUGCCAGGUGGAGGACCAGGUGGACGAUGUUUACGACGUAGUCGACGAGCGGGAGUACGCUAAGCGAGCGCGGGAGAAGUACGGCGACGAUUGGAUCGAAGAGGAUGGCACUGGCUACGCAGAAGAUCAUCGGGAUUUCUUUGAGGACGAAGAUGGUUACUCCGACGGUGAGGAGGAACCAAAGGAUAAAAAGAAGAAAGGCGUAGCACCCAACGGCAAAAAGAGACCCCGGGAGGAAGAAAAACCCGCUAAGGGAAAAGCCUCUAUCAAAAAUCUCUUCAGUAAUGCAGUGCCCAAGAAGGCGGAUAUCAAAAACAGUGUGAAGGACGAUGAUAUUCUAGCUGAUAUUUUGGGUGAAAUCAAAGAAGAGCCAGCAAAUACGUCUGGAAUAGCUGAAAAGGUUAUAGCGCCGGCGAAAAUUGCCGUUGCGUCGAGGAAAUCGGAUGCCGCCGCUGCCAAGGAAUACAUGAAUAGUUUUCUCAAAAACAUCAAAGUCCAGGAGCAGGAAAGAAAGAAAGCAGAGGCUAGUAGUGAUCACGAGAUGCUGGAGCGCAUCCUGAAGCCCAAGGCACCAGUUCCAAAUACAAAGGUGGCAUUCUUCUCCACUCCAUCGGAUAAAAAAGAACCUGUGCCCGAGAAAACUUCAGAGAAAAAAGAAGCCGAAGAUCCCUUUCCUGAUAACGAUAUGGACUUCAGCUGCCUGGAUGACGACGAAAACCAGUUCGAUGUGGAGAAGGAGCAACCCAAGGAGAAUGUUUCCGAAGCAAAAACCGAAGUGGAGAAGACACCCAAACCAAAAGUCAUCGAAAAAGCAACUCCCAAAAAGGAUUCAGCUCGUCCCGCAAAGGAAAGUGAACCUGAAGACAUGAGCAAGUUGCUAAACAACUGGGAGUCCAUCUGCCAAAUGGACGAUGACUUUGAGAAAUCCGCUUUAACCACAGACCAGGAUUUGCCAAUCUCUUCCGAUGAGCAACUGCGUUUCUGGUACUGGGAGGCCUGGGAGGAUCCAAUAAAGCUGCCCGGAGAAGUCUUCCUCUUCGGACGAACCGCUGAUGGGAAAUCCGUCUGCGUGCGGGUGCAAAACAUUAAUCGAGUUCUCUACCUGCUUCCCCGUCAAUUUCUUCUGGACCCAAUUUCGAAAGAGCCCACCAAGCAGAAGGUAACUGUAGCAGAUAUCUACAAGGAGUUUGAUAAGGAAGUGGCUAGCGAACUUAAGCUGGAAUCCUUUCGGUCCCGCAAAGUCAGCAAGAAUUUCGCCAACCACGCCAUCGGUAUUGACGUGCCUCAGACGUGUGAUUACCUGGAGGUUCAUUACGAUGGAAAGAAACCAUUGCCAACUUUAACGGCUGGCAAGAAAUACAACACCAUUGCGCAUAUUUUCGGGGCCACUACUAAUGCCUUGGAGCGAUUCCUGCUCGAACGCAAGAUCAAAGGACCCUGCUGGCUGCAAGUGAGUGGAUUCAAGGUCAACCCAGUUCCCAUGAGUUGGUGUAAGUCGGAGGUCACCUUGUCGGAGCCCAAAAAUGUCGAGCUGGUGCAAGAUAAGGGUAAACCAGCGCCACCGCCUCCUCUAACACUGCUAGCACUCAAUGUCCGCACCUCGAUGAACCCCAAAACAUCCAGAAACGAGAUAUGCAUGAUUUCGAUGCUGACCCACAAUAGUUUCCGCAUCGAUCGUCCUGCUCCACAGCCCGCUUUUAAUCGUCACAUGUGUGGCCUAACCCGUCCAGCCGUGGUUAGUUGGCCCUUGGACUUGAACUUCGAGAUAGCCAAAUAUAAAUCCACCAAAAUAUGCAAACACGAUUCAGAGAGAGCCCUCCUGAGUUGGUUCUUAGCCCAGUACCAACAAAUAGACGCAGAUCUCAUUGUUACCUUCGACGCCAUGGAUUGCCAGUUGAACGUUAUUACAGAUCAAAUCGUGGCCUUGAAGAUUCCCCAAUGGUCACGAAUGGGGCGUCUAAGGAUGUCACAAUCAUUUGGUAAGCGUUUGCUGGAUCAUUUCGUGGGCAGAAUGGUUUGUGACGUAAAGCGUUCAGCCGAGGAGUGCAUAAGGGCUAGAUCCUACGAUCUUCAAACCCUGUGCACGCAAGUACUGAAGCUUAACGAAUCGGAGAGAAUGGAGGUAAAUGCUGAUGACUUGCUAGAGAUGUACGAAAAAGGAGCGAGCAUCACAAAGCUUGUAUCCUUAACCAUGCAAGAUAAUUCCUACCUUCUAAGACUAAUGUGCGAGCUAAACAUCAUGCCGUUGGCCUUGCAAAUCACCAACAUUUGUGGCAACACAAUGACCAGGACCCUUCAAGGAGGUCGCUCCGAACGGAACGAGUUCUUGUUGCUGCACGCUUUCCACGAGAAGAAUUACAUAGUGCCGGAUAAAAAGCCGCAAUCAAAACGGAUUGGAGAUCUAGAUGCAACGUUUUCUGCGGCAGAAGCUACUUCCAGCCAAAAGAAGGCAGCUUAUGCUGGUGGCUUGGUGUUGGAACCCAUGCGGGGUCUCUACGAAAAGUAUGUUUUGCUUAUGGAUUUCAACUCGCUGUAUCCAAGCAUCAUUCAGGAGUACAACAUCUGCUUCACCACUGUCCAGCAGCCCGUAGAUGCGGAUGAGUUGGCCACUAUUCCGGACUCCAAAGCAGAAGCAGGUAUCUUACCCCUGCAACUAAAACGUUUGGUGGAGUCGCGAAAGGAGGUGAAGAAGCUGAUGGCGACGCCUGAUCUGUCGCCCGAACUUCAGAUGCAGUACAACAUUCGACAGAUGGCUCUGAAGCUCACGGCCAACUCCAUGUACGGUUGCUUGGGUUUCGCACAUUCCCGGUUCUUUGCCCAGCACUUGGCUGCUUUGGUAACCCACAAGGGCAGAGAAAUCCUCACAAACACCCAACAACUCGUGCAGAAGCUGAACUACGACGUGGUCUAUGGUGACACAGAUUCCCUGAUGAUCAACACCAAUAUAACAGAUUACGAUCAGGUGUACAAAAUUGGUCACAGCAUCAAGCAGAGUGUGAACAAGUUGUAUAAGCAGCUGGAGCUGGAUAUUGAUGGAGUCUUCGCCUGUUUGCUGUUGCUCAAAAAGAAGAAAUAUGCUGCUGUUAAGUUGAGCAAGGAUUCCAAGGGCAACCUAAAGCGGGAGCAGGAGCACAAGGGCCUGGACAUAGUUCGUCGCGAUUGGUCUCAGCUGGCUGUGAUGGUGGGAAAAGGUGUUCUCGAGGAAGUGCUCUCCGAGAAGCCCCUGGAGGAUAAACUAGCUGCUGUGCACGCUCAGCUGGAGAAGGUCAAAAAUCAAAUAGCAGAGGAUGCAGUGCCCCUUCCUCUGUAUGUCAUUACCAAGCAGCUGACUCGGGCACCCCAGGAGUACGCCAACAGUGGUUCACUGCCACACGUUCAAGUGGCACUACGCAUGAACCGGGAACGCCAAAGGCGGUAUAAGAAGGGCGAUAUGGUGGAGUAUGUGAUCUGUUUGGAUGGCACCACAAAUGCCGCCAUGCAGCGAGCCUAUCACUUGGACGAGCUCAAGAGCAGCGAGGAUAAGAAGCUGCAGCUGGACACGAGUUACUACCUGGCACACCAGGUACAUCCGGUGGUAACGCGCAUGGUGGAGGUGCUCGAAGGAACCGACGCGGGUCGCAUCGCUGACUGCCUCGGCAUGGAUCCCACCAAGUUCCGACAGAAUGCACAGCGAGCCCAGCGUGAGAACACCGAGCAGUCGGAGGGCGAGUCUCUCCUCAAGUCGACACUCCAGUUGUACCGCCUUUGUGAACCGUUCCGCUUCAAGUGUCCCGCCUGCAAAACAGAGCAGCUGAUGGCCAGUGCGUACCGCCCGGGACCCAGCAACUCCCACAUCUCUGUGCUUCAGCAAUGUGCGAACGCAGAGUGCCAAACUGCACCGAUUCAGUACCUGGCCAGUGUCCGCAAUCAGCUGCAGCUUGUCAUUCGGAGGCAUGUGCAGCGGUUCUACAAGAAUUGGAUGGUUUGCGAUCACCCGGACUGCAAUUACAACACGCGCACCCAAACGAUGAGGAAGGAGAUGCGCCGGCCGCGGUGCCAAAAGUGCCGGAGCGGUAACCUGUUGCGCCAGUUUACGGAGCGGGACCUGUACAAUCAGCUCUGCUACCUACGCUUCGUAUUCGAUCUUGGCAAGCAGCAACUGCAGCAAAAGCCCACACUAACGCCGGAGCUGGAGCAGGCCUACCAGCUCCUCUACGAGACUGUGGACCAGCAGCUGCAGAGCUCCUCCUACGUGAUCAUCUCGUUGAACAAACUCUUUGGCCGCACCCUCGCCCUGAUGGCCGUGCAACCGCACAAACCGAAGCUAUACAACGAAAUGAUCGCCACUACUUUGGCAGAUGUCGUCUAAGUGUUUAAUUAACUAGCCUUUGUUAUAAGUUCCAUUAAAAAUACUACAAAACAAGUAAAA